UUGAUGUGCUCCUGGGCUGGUGGGGUGCCAGACACUGUCCUUCAGCUGAAGGUCGGACAGACGAUUGUCAAUGGGACAAACGAGGGGAAUGUCACCAUCACAAAGGAUCAGCUCAGCUCCCGAGAGAUCUUCACAUGUGUUGGACGCCAUGUUGUCUCUGACAGUCAAUGCUCUAUAGUCAUUGAUAAACCCCAGAGAGCGUCAGGGUCUGAGCCUCAGGUGGAAGUGGGGAAGGAGGCAGAUGUGACCUUAGACGUGUCACUGACAGACACAGUGCGGGUGUCAGACCCUGGCCUGCUGCCCGCACACUUUACAUGGUCGAAGGAAGACAACUCCAUCACUGGCUCUGACGGCAAGUUCAACAUCACCUCAGGACUAACCUUCUCUAAACUGCUCAUCAGUAAAUUCCAGGCAACCGAUCAGGGCACAUAUCAAUGCCAUGUCACUAACGCAAUGGGAGAGAACCUCUUCCAAUUUGACGUGACUUUGAAAGGCGGAGUGAAUGUGGCCCUGAUAGUGGGGACAAUAGUGGGGGCUGUGGCUGUGGUGGUCAUUGCAACACUCGCUGUGGUGUACGUUUACAGGAAACGUAAGGAAGCCAAAACACAGCAAGAGACAGAGGGUGAACCACACUACGAGACCAUUGAUGUCAGAGCUUCCUCUGCCAAUGUCUCCCAGAAGGAUUCAGGCCCUUACAUGAACCUUGGAAAGCACCAGAAAGAUAUUUAUCACAAUUUACGUCGUAAUGGCACCAGGAAGUAGAUAGCUGUGACAACGUAGAUCGAUUUCAAGAUCCUUUCAAUCAUCUACAAAUCCCUUCAGGCUC